AUGCAGCUGGAAGACCUUACGGUGGGCCAAAUUCCCCCUCCCGGCGCCGGCACUGUUGCUGAGGGCGCGGAGGCUGACGAGGACGACGGCGAUGCGCAGCGCAGCCAGGACGCAGGCACAAGCGCGGAGGCGCUAGCGGCGUUCGCGCGGCACUGCCCCGGGAUCAGGAAGCUGGCGUUCAUGGGCAGCCCCUCCAUCCGCGCCGGCGCCCUGGAGGCGGCCCUCCUGGCCAUGCCCUCCCUGGAAGAGCUGCGGCUGCACGACGUCAGGCGAGUGCUGCAGCCGCUGUCAGGGCUCGACAAGGCGCUGCAGACGCUGCUCGCCGCCGCGUGGGGCGGCGGGCGGCGGCUGCGGGCGCUGGAGGCGCGGCGCUGCCCGCUGAUCAGCAACAAGACGCUGAAGCUGCUGUGCCAGGGGCCGGGGGACCACACCUCUGAGCAGCAGCAGCAGCAGCAGCAGGCGGUAGCCGCCACCCCUGGAGGCGUCGACUCCCAAGCCGCCGCGGCCGGGGCUGUGCCGGCCCCCGUGGUGGGCUACCCCCACCUGGUCGAGCUGGACCUGACGGGAAGCUGCGUGGCACCUGGGAUUACGAUAAACAUCGAGGCACUGCAGGGCAGCUGCCCGGCGCUGGAAGUGCUGUCACUCGAGGGGGUCGGCGGCUUCUAUGGCUGGUACGCCACGCGCCCCCCUCGCGGCGCCGCGCCCCGCGCCGGCCCCGGCUGGCCAGCGCUCCGCUGGCUCGUCGCCGGCGCGAUGCAGCAGCGCUUCCAGGUCUCCCAGCGCGCCACCCUCACGCGCAGCACGCUGGACGACGAACUGCUGCUGCGCCUCGCCGCCGGCGCACGGGGCCUCGCGCGUCUGGGGCUGCGCGGCUCGGGCGUGACCGCGGACGGCCUGCGCGCGCUCGUGCUGGGGGUGCCCCUCGGCUCCGGCCCAGCGGACGAGGAGGACGAGCGGCACAGCGGCGACGCUGUCUCUGCGGGGGCGGCAGCAGCAGCAUCUCAAAAGCCCGGGCCAGGCCUGCGGGAGCUGCUGGCGUCGCCCGCGGGGCGCGGCCUGCGGCAGAUUGAGGUGUCCAGCUGCCGCUCCCUCAGUCGGUCAUCGCGGCAGGCGGCGGCGCACGGGCUGGAGGCGCUGCGGCGGCAGCUGGCGGAGGGCGCUUGA